AUGGCCGAGACAAGCGCAACCCUCAACUGCUCGCUCAAUACCACAGAAUGCAUUCUCGAAACCCUCGCGGCAGUGCUCGAAGAGCUGAGGGCCCAGCGGGGCGAGUAUGAUUGGGACCCCCUCACCUUUGGCGUCACGGCCGCCAUAGGAAUCCUCGCCCUCAUUAUUGCCAUUUUGACUGUCGGCCAGGGACUCCUCGCUGCCGGACCGGGGCGGCUUAAGUCAAGCCGCAAUGCUCUCGGGCCGUGGGCCAAGUUUAGCAAGCGCACGUUCGACUGGUCUGAGAUGAGGUUUAGGACCGUCGCCUACACGCCUCUCCUCGUCGCUCCUCCUCCUCUCCGUUUCCCAUCGUGGUUUGGUCUGACGGUCAAUAUCAAUAUUACUAAGGACACUGAAGAGGGGUACUGGUACAAAAAGAUUAAAGAUGAGGAAGAAUGGGCUGAGAUGGACUCGUCGGGGUUCUUGUUUGGUGCAACGGACCACUUUCCUGCAACGUGGCUCGCCUUGCUGACUUCAGUCGGCCUGGACGAUGUCGAGCUUUGGGAAAGGAAGCACACGGGUGCCGACUACAUCCCCGCCGAGUUCCCAGCCGUGCCCGCAUACGGCUCUAUUGGUGUCGCCAUUGCUCUGGCCGCGUCCUACUCGUCGGAUGAGGUCCAGCUCAGUAGAUUCUGGGCGAUGAGACAGCGUGAGUGGGAGAAUCUCAGUCCGCAAUUUGAGGAUGGAUUUACUCCAGGUGUACGAUAUAUCGCGGAGAAAGCCAUGACCUGGGCUCGGAGAGUCGUGGGCGGGCCAACUAUACCGCUCGACUUGUUUCUGCCGGUCCAUCGAGUCGUUCUAGUUUGCAUCGCCGAUCUCUACUCUGCUAAAUCGAACCUAGACCGCGAUGAUUACUACACACUCUCCAGGAGUAUGCUCGAGGAGAUCAAAAAGAUCACCAAAUGGUUAUCUAGCAUCCGCUGGCCAGGUGACGAAAGCUGGGCUGAAGAAAUCCGGUGUCGACAGCGGACAAUCUGCGGCGUCGGUUCCGGCCUCGGCUCUGUGUGUAAAAAUUGGGAUGAGGCCAAUACACCUAAGCCCGAGGACACACCCGAGAUGGAGAUAGUCCCGUCUGCCGUCUUCGUCGACAGCGCCUUGCACGGGGUUCUCCGUGCUCUAAACAGUUACAUAGUCAGCAAGAAGGCGGACUACUCACUUUUCGCUAGUACGCAGGGAGAGAAAGAGCGCCUCGCCUCACUCUAUAAGGUGCAUAUACUGUGGGAACUUGACGGAUCAUCGCCACCAAAGUUCAAGCGACCUGACGACGUGCAGCAUCCCCUAGACGAUUUAUUGAUAUACCGCGCAGUGCUAAUCGCAGUUGUCUACUCUUCAGCACAGGACACCUCGAGCUUGAUAAACAAUAAUCUCUUCGACAUGAUCGUGCCGAUUGCAUGA